GAUGUGAGUUGCGCUGUUUCGGGGUGAGGCGGUGCGUUCCGGGGUGCACAACUUUCUGCAUGUUUGCGCAAUUUCGCAGCGUUGUCAUAUAUCCCGGAUAAACCGAAACACAAGGUUUGAAUUCGCGAGGCUCAUCGGCGAACGUGUUCAAAUCAGCGGAAAUACCGGAGCAGGCCGCAGCACGGCACCGUUGUCACACUUCCACCGUCUCGCGUGUGGUUUACUCGCUGAUGCGGGGAGAAAGUUGUGGACAUUUUUUUUUUCCUGAGGUGCACGGUCGUACGGAUACAGUGUGCAACAUUGCAACUACAGCGUUAACGAGCCUCUCCAGCCUGUCCUGAUUUUGGAUUAUGUGUUCGUGGGAUUGUAAACACGCCUGUUCGCCAUAUUGUGCGCUGUGAAACUCGAGGGAAAGUUGUACGAGUUAUGACAUUUGCUGCGCACAAUCCCUUCAUGGAGCUGCAUGCAGUCGACUUUGAUCGGAACCAAAGUGACUCCAUGGAACUGGCCAUGGAGAGUUCCGUGCACCAUUAAUAAGGUCCGGCACCAUAAAGAGGAUGAGAAGAGAGGACAGCAAACCUCAGAUUUGAUUCUGGAAGGAGGUUGCAUGCUCCCUCCCACCCUGCACUUUCCUUUGGGAUUUGUAUUUCCUCCCAAAUACCUCCUGUAUACACAAUUGAACAAACAUAUCCUCAACCACAGGCAUUGAAAGCACACUACAGAGGCAGUAACAUUUUUGCACGCUCAAGAGAUCAAGAUUGAGAGUUCUGACUCCAACAUUACCGUAUAUUACUAUGAGUCUUCCUUCUCAAGUUAACACUGACAAGAGCGGCAAGCAUCGGGCUGCAGCCAUGAAAGAGCCCGUGCAACAUUCAGGGGAGGUUUAUUAUGGUAUGGGACCUCCCGCUUUAGAGUCAAGCCACAGUGACUCUGCUAGCAGUUCUGGUGUUUACAACCCCGAGAAAGGGCCUCAAAGACUACCGCACUAUCAACAGGCUGCUCCAGUAAAGUGGGUGCCCCAGGACUCCGCACAGGCCCCCGGCUGGUCUCAGGAAGCUCCUGUUCAAGCCUGGGGGCAGAACUUUGGCCCCUAUAUGAGUGGAGUGAAUGUCAGGGGUCAAAUGGCGUUCCACAAAGGAGUCCAUGAGGGUGUAGCUCUGCCAAUCGCGGGAGAAAAUCAACUGCCAGGGCCAGUUGAGGUUUACAGAGAUGCCACCCAGGCUCAAACUCAGGGGAGGGGGCUCGAGUGGGAGCAGCAUGCUGCGGCUGCAAUGCACCAGGCUCAGCUGCAGGCUUAUCAAAACGCCCACAAAGGCGUGGAGCUUCAGGGUCAGCCCCAUGUACCUUCUCACACUUUGCAGGGGCCCAUGUUGCAGCCCUUCCAGACAACAUUUAGGCCCGGCAAGCAACAGUUUUCAUCAGGUUAUUACUCUGUUUUUCCAGGCAACAAGGGAGUGCCGAGUCUGGCGUACGGCGAGCAGCCUAAAACUCAACAGCAGCUGCUACAGCAGAUGCAGCAGCAGCAACAAAUGCAUCACCAUCACCAGCAGCAUCAACAACAGCAACAGCAACAGCAGCAGUUGCAGCAGCAGCAUCACCUUCAGUUGCAACAGCGGCAACAUUUGCAGCAGCACCAAAUCCAACAGCAUCAAAUGCAGCAACAGCAACAACUGCAGCAAAUGCAGCAACAAUAUCACCAGCAACAGAUACAGGAGCGACAGCAACAAAUGCAGCAAAUGCAGCAGCAGCAAGUGCAACAGCAAAAUGUGCCACAGCAAGAAGCAACACAACCACAGGUGCAACCAAAACAGCAACAAACCCAAAACUUUGUGACUUCUCUGCCUCCUGAGCCCGGUCCACCUAUCGGCGCUCCUAACAAGGAGGAAGUCCAGUCAGUGGAGCUGCAGCAGGAACCAGAGGCUCAAACCUGUGAGGCGUCACCCGUUCCUGAUUCAUGCCCCGAAAAGCUCGCCACAAAUCCUGACGAGUCUUCAGAUGCACAGGCUGCCCCUCGGCGUUCACGUCGCCUCUCCAAAGAUGGACAGUCCCCGCUGGGACUCCCUUCGACGAACAUCUGGUCCAAAGAUCCCCCACCAUCCCUGAACGGAGUAGCAGGCAGUCAGGCUGCGAAAGGAGGGGAGGUGACAACCGGAGGGGUCAUUCGUCGGAGAAGGAGGGCAUCUAAGGAGAUCAACUUGGAGACUCUGGCCCAGAAGGCAUCAGAAAUGGAGUCCCUACCUUCUAAGAUGGUCAAGGAAGACGGUUCUUCAGGCAGACAGGCCUCUAUGGUGCCUUUGGUUAUCCCCGUGUCAGUGCCAGUGCACAGGAGUCAAACGGAUCUUCAGGGUGGCUGGACUCAGGGACGACUCGGCCAGGGUGAGCGGCCUGCAGGACUGUCCGAUCGCAAACCUUCCGUCAUUGUGGCUCGUCGGCGAUCACUCAGAAACCCCAUGACUGAGAGUUUUGGUCAGGGUGGGGAAAACGAUCCAGGGCUGGACGAGGAUGGAAAAUCCAAAUUUAAGCGCCGACCUCGUCCAGAGCCUCUCAUCAUCCCUCCGCACAAACCAGCCACCUUCAUCCCGCCAUCCCUCUACUCCAGCAUCUCUUCCUACCAGAGCAACCUGCGCUCUCCUGUCCGCCUGCCGGACCACCCCCUCACCAUGCCCCCCUACACGCCUCCACCCAUCCUGUCUCCCGUGCGUGAGGGCUCGGGGCUCUACUUCUCCGCCUUCCUGACCAACAUCGCUGUAAGCAACCAAAUCCUGCCACCCCCGCCUACGCCCAAAUCUGCGACGCGCAGUCUGUUGUGCUCCACAAGUUCAGAUAUCACACCUCCUGUUCUGCCCUUGAUGACUGAUGCCACACCUGCUAGCCUUGAGCCACGUAUCAACAUCGGGCAGCAGUACCAGGCAGAAAUUCCCGAGUUACAGGAUCAUCCUUCCUCCCAGUUUGUCCAGCACAAGGCUGACUUGGUUUGGCUCCCUAUGGACGACUCUCACCUCAAACACGGUGACCAAGAGACCAUGGAGGAUAUGAUGAACAUGGCUUGUUGCAGUGUGCUGAUGGGCGGAGGAACCAACCAGGAGCUGGUUUUACACUGUUUACACGAAUGUGGAGGUGACUUCCUUGAAACUCUUGGAUGUUUGAUGCUUCAGGACCCAGUUUACCCCAAAGGUCACCACCUGGCAGGUUAUCACUACUCAGGCUCCGAUUGCUGGACUGCAGAAGAGAAGUGCUACUUCAAUAAGGGGAUCUCUGCCUACAGGAAGGACUUCUUUAUGGUGCAGAAAUUGGUGCAGACCAAGACUGUGGCUCAGUGUGUGGAGUUUUACUACACGUACAAGAAACAGGUGAAGAUCGGUCGCAAUGGGAUUUUAACCUUCGGCCCUCCAGAUUCACCUCUGGAGAGGAGCACAGAGGCUGUGGUGGACGUUAAGAGUUCCCAGCGGUCAAAAUAUAUUCAAGGAGAGACAGAUGACGAUAAGAGGGAUGUUUCUUACGAGAUCAGCCAUCAGGCGAGGGUUGCUCAGUCACUACAGGCCCAUGACUAUGCAGGAACACUGCUGGUGAUGAAAGAGCCGGACCCUGUGAACAAGGAGGCUCUCCACCCGUCGGCACCUCACAGACCUCCAGCCGAGCCUGCGGCAAAGAAGAGCAGAGCACCGGCGAAGCCCCCGCCGGAUCCUGAUGCAAUAUUUCCAUGCAAGAAAUGUGGCAGGGUGUUUUAUAAAGUGAAGAGCCGAAGUGCCCACAUGAAGAGUCAUGCGGAGCAGGAGAAGAAGGCGGCAGCGUUGCGUCAGAAAGAAGAGGAGGAGCAGGCAGCAGCUGAAGCCCGGGCCCGGAAGGCGGCGGCGGCGGCGGCAGCAGCAGCAGCGGCGGCGGCGGCUAAUCUGCAAGGAAAUGGUAACGGAGUGACGGAGGAGGCAGAGGUCAGCAGCCCGGAAGACUCAUCUGAGGGAGAGGAUGACAAGGAUGAAGACUGGCACUAAGGGACAAAAAUCAGGAGAGCGGAGAAAAGAAACCAAUGAGAAGAUGGAUUGAUGGGUAGCGAUGUCCCGCCUCACCGAGAGCAGAAUAAAGACAAGAGAAAUGUUUUUCAAGUCUUCCUGUUAAUCUUCACACUCCUUCCCCAGCUGACGCUGACUCUGAUUGACCGUUCUCCACCAACUAGCCAGUCACACUCCACAGCUUCACACAUUUUGUAUCUUUUAAAAAUUCAGAGGAAGUUUAUUUUUUUGUAAAUGCACUUAUCCCGAAUGCUUCUGCUUUUGCCAAUAUUGCCUUUUUAUAUCCAUUAUUUAAUUGAAUUUAAUGUCAAAAUAUUAUACAUUUACAUGGUGUGGACUUAAUGGUUAUAUGAUAUUUCAUAAGAUAAUCAGAAUGCCUGUUGAGCAACAAAUCAAGAUCAAAGCUAUCUUUCACUUAACAGUAUCAGUCCUUUUAAAUAAAGAUAGAGUAGGGGCUUGUAUUUAUCUUUUUUUUUUUGGAAAAUACUGUGGUGAGUUUUGCAGAAUUUCCCUCAGAUUUUUAGUUUGGUUGCACACUUAUUUUGUACAACUAAGGGACCUUUUGAAAUGAAUAUGUACAAAAAAAGAUAUAUAUGAGAUGGCCAUAUAUUUAUGAUACUGCAAUUUUUGCAAUGAUUUUGGUAAUGUAAAAACUAAUCAUGUCUGCUGCAAUAAGACUUGUGAAUUGAAAAGUUUAUUAAAAUCUCUACUGUUCA